AAACGAAACUGAGAGAGGCCGGGGCGGUGCGGGGCGGGGCAGGCGGUGAGAACAGGCGCCGCUCCCACAGAGCCCCGGCUUGAAUGCUCCGGGCGUUGGAUCGGACCGUGCCGGGCUCACCGCGUGGAUCUGCGCCGAGUUCUGCCGGUCACUCGGUGAGGGGACCCUCAGUGCGGAGCCGGAGGGAGUCAACUGCAGGUUCUAUUCCUGUGGAAAGGUCUCCCUCUGUUCUCGUCCCAAAGGAUCAUAGAAACCAGCAGCGGCCCCUCGGCCCACCCGGUCCGUGCUGUCUACACGGGCCCUAUGUGCCUGCACCAGAUUUAACCAUUGUGAAUUCUCCAGAAGAGUAAGAUGGAGUUUGCCAGUAGCCACUUCUACAUCAAAUGUCCAGCUGACAUGGACCAGACCAAGGAGUCCAGUCUCUGUGGAAUUUGCCCUUCGGGAUCCCAGACUAGUGACAAGAUCGCUGUGGAGCCAGUGCUUCCUUUCUACGACCCUGUGGAGAGCUGUGAGGCAGCCCCCGAAGGACACCAGCUGGUUCUCUGCCCGCUCUAUGACCAGGUGUACGAGCAUCACUCGGGGAAGGUCUGGCCGUGUGGAGGAGGACUUGGGGCCGAAGGCUCCGUCUACCAGAACUACAGCCCAGCACAGACAGUCACUCCGUCCGCUCCUGCCUACGACAACAGACUCGGACUCAGCCCCCACACUGCGUACCAGAACCAAGCAGAAGGUUCCAGCAGUUCUGGUGAGAACAGGAAGGGUCCAGAGCCACCGAGCGGGCAGCCUGUCACCGAUGCACCGCCAGUGCCUCCACCGCGACGUUCCCGUAGCAGGACACCCCAAGGUACGCCCCCUCCCCUCCCACCCAGACCCCCCAACAUGAAGAAGCUGCCUGACUACCUCCAGGUGCUGGAGUCAAUCCCAGCCAGGGGCUCCGGGCCUCGGGCGGCCCUCGGACCCGCCCCACCUCCCCUGGCAUCUGCACCCCCUCUGCCGGAAAAAUCACUCCUGGCCCCCAAACCGCAGGAGUUAACAGAGGACGUCAACGUGGUGUUGGUGAAUUUGGGAAAACUGGCUGACAUCAAGGAGGUGGAGCCACUGCAAGGAUCUCCGACCUACUGCCAGAACUGCUCGGCAGCCAUGUCCUCUUGCAGCUGGACACAGGAGCCCCACGCCUCGAUGUGGAAAUGUGAAUUCUGCAACAAAAAUAACACCCUGGAUUAUCGAUCUAGCAAAGGCACAUGCAGAGAUGACCAGCUCUACAUCCACAUCCCAAAUCCGAUGACCUCUAGGGAUAUUGAUGAUUCGCUCGUUGUGUUCUGUGUGGACAUCUCCGGUAGUAUGAGUGUGACACUUGAGCCAGCGACUGGAAGUAGCUUCAGCAAAUCGCUCUACAUGUCCCGGUUACAGGCUGUGCAAGAGGCGGUGAACCAGUCACUCGACUACCUGCUUCAAACAUCACCCAGGACGAGAGUCGCUCUGGUUACUUUCAACAAUGAGGUAACGAUCUAUGGAGAUGGACUGGGCACUCCGCAGAGCCUGCAGGACUUUGAGUUAAUUGAUCAAGAGUAUCUGAAGACCAAGGGUGCGGAGCAGCCCCUGCCGCGGUGUAUUUCAGAGAGCAGAGAUGCUCUCCGCCACCGGGUGCAGCUGUUACAAGAGUGUGGUUCCACUGCGCUGGGCCCAGCAGCACUCAUAUCCAUAGCAAUGGCCUCGCAGAAACCAGGCUCAAAGGUUAUAAUCUGUACAGAUGGACGAGCUAACACCAUCCUGGGGAACCUGGAGGAUAUUAAGGAAGAUAAGAUUUAUCAGUGCUCAAAGCUGUUCUACAGUCAUCUUGCUGAAUACGCAAUGAAACAAGGGGUGAUCACGUCCGUGUUGACCAUUGAAGGCACAGACUGCAGGUUACCAGAACUGGGACAGUUGGCUGACAAAACUGGAGGAAAGGUGAACAUCACCAAUCCAGCAAGUUUAUACAAUGAAUUUGAGCUCAUUUUAGAAGAUGACGUCGUUGCCACGAACGUCACCAUCACCUUCAUUGCUGACGCUGGCCUGUACUUUAAAUAUGAAGAUGACAUCAGCAGUAAAUAUGUGAAACAAAUUGGGAAUGUGGUGAAAGACAUGGCCAUCACCUUUGAGUUUGGAAUCAAAGACUCGGAGCGAGAACAACUUCAGAAGAAAGCUGCACUCCCCUUUCAACUUCAGCUGGGCUUCACCCUUCCAGAUGGUCGCUGUGCCUACAGGAUUAUUACUCAGGAGAAGCCGACGAGCAGCCACAGUGCCGUGGUUAAGGAGAACAUAAACCUCAGUGUUCUCCAGGUUCAUGCCGCACAGACCAGCGCUCGGCUGGCGAUGGACGGCAGGAUGCACGAUGCUCAGGAGGCAGCCUUCGCCCAACAGGAACUGAUGGUGGAUGUUCUAUCCAGAAGGAAGGAUGUGGAGCAGGAGGCGAUCUACGAAGGCUGGGUGCAGUCCAUGAGCCCGAUUUACAGCGGUCUCAAUCACCUCAGUCAGGAUAAAACAACAGCGCAGCCUGUGUACGAAGCAGUGGGCACCCAAAGAGACAGAGACUCGGUUAUUAAGUCCCUCACAGAUGAUGUUGCCAAUGUGGUUUAUCGGCUGAAGAAUGCAAAGAAGAAAAUGUUCAAGAAACCAAAGUUCCUGGUGACCAUAUGAUGCUUGCCGGCAGAGUAGCCCGGGACUGUGAUGGUUGGAACUGCACAACUUCAGCACUCGAGGACACCAACAAGCCUUUCUCACCCACAGCCAGGGAGAGGCAAUAAACGUCAGCUGCAUCUGAUCUCCAUAUUAUAUCACAUUCUAGCAGUUAGAAUGCAGUACCUAAUGGGCUAAAACAGUGUCCAUAAAAUCCAAGCAAUUUCCCAAUUUCUCCUGGUCUCACACUUGCUGCAAUCUACAGGAAGAUAAACACCAAUUGCCCUUCAGCUUCUGUCGGACUGAUGCUGGGAGCACAAGUCAAGCCAACCUGGCUGAACUUCUGACUCAGGUCACGGGUUCAAGGGUCAUCUCGGGACUUGAGCUCGUGAUGUCUGCAGUACUGAGACAAUUUGUUCUGCUGUGCUAUUAAACAUUAACUGGGAUGUGUAGAUGGGUAGGUCGGGGGCAUGGACAGGGUGGGGCCAAGGGGCCAGUGUUUCUGUGCUGCCCGACUCUUGGACUCCUUGAUGGCUGUUGAUGGAUGUUAAAGAUUCCUUGGCAAUAUUCUCCUGGUGUCAGGACUCUCCUUGUUCACCAGCACCGAUUAUUCAUUCCCCUUCUUGCUGCUUUGGGACACUGGAGUAUUUUUUCAACUACUUGUACCUGUACUAAUUAGUUGUCCCAGAGUUUCGGGGGGUGGGGGAAGGGGGAUGAUAUUUAAGUGCAAAUCAGUCCUGUGGAGAGUCUGGAGUGUAUGUGCAGCAAUAAAACAACAGAGCCCAAGACAAGGACACCACAACUAUCUGGGCGCAGCACAGCUCCGGUCUCUGGGAGUUUGGAGUGAACUUCAAUCAUUAGCCCUGAUCCACAUCUUGAGAGCAGCAACAUUUCAGAACAGACUGCCCUCGGCGCAGACACUGCACCCAAAGUGACCACUGUGCCUCAAGACACAGACUGAGCCAUGUAGAUACAACCCUUGCCUUGGGAGACACAAGUACAAAGUCUUGGCUGAGGAUCCAGUGACGGGAAGCAGUGCUACAGUGUCACACAGGUUGUACUGAGGAAGCGGGGGCUUCUGUGACCAGCGAUGUACCUUAGGGUUCAGUGCUGGGACCCUUGCUCUUUGUUAUAUAUAUUAAUGACAGUGUGGGAGGCAUGGUUGGUAAGUUUGCAGAUGACAUAAAGAUGAGUGGUGUUGUUAAUAGUGAGGGGGUGGUCUUAGUCUGCAUCAGGAUAUUGAUCAGCUAGUAAAUUGGGCAGAGCAGUGGCAGGUGGAAUUUAAUGCUAAAGGGUGUCAAGUGAUGCAUUUUAGGAGAUUAAAUAAGGGUAGGGCAUAUAUCACAUAUGGUAGGGGCUGAGGGAGUAUGGAGGAACAGAGACACUGUGUACAACAUAGAUCAUUGAAAUAGCACAGGUAGGUAGGGUGGUGGCCAGAAUAGUCGCCCUUGUUAUCUGGGGCACAGAAUAUAAUACAGAGGGGUUCUGGUACAACAUCAUGCAACACUGGUUGGCCAUAGCUGGAGAACUGUGUGCAUUUCUGGUCACCACACUAUAGGAUGUGUUUAUACUAGAGAGAGUGCAGAGGAGGUUCACCAGGGUGUUAGGAUGGAGCAUUUGAGUUAUAUGGGGAGACCGGCGAAGCUGGGUUAAUUUCCCUUGAAGUGGAGGAGACAGAGGGACACCUGAUAGAGGUGUACAAAACUAUGACAAGCACAGAUAGGGUAGAUUGCAAGAAGCUUUUCCCCAUGGCAGAGGUGUCCUAAACCAGAGGGAAUGGGUGUGAGGUGAGGUUUAGAGAGGAUCUGAGGAAGAGCUUCCUCACCCAGUAAGCUGGUUGUGAUCUGGAACGUACUGCCUGAGAAGGUAGGGAAGGCAGAUACUCUCCGAACAUUAGAAGCAACUGGAUGAGCACUUGAGUGAUGGAAAUGGCACAGAAAGCGAUGGCCUGAGUGCUGGCAAAUGGGAUUGAGAUGGUUACUUGAUGGUCAGCAUGGACAUGAUGGGCUGAAGGGCCUGUUUCUGAGCUGUGCCACUCUGUAUCUCUACUUGGGGAGUAACACAUCGUCAGAGAAGCAGGAACAAAGAGGAACUAUAUGAAGAAUUGCAUCUUUUGGAUAAAACAUUAAAGCCCCAUCCAUCCACUCAAGGGAGCAGAAAGGAUUCCACAGUCACUUUGCAAAGAACAGAACAAUAAAAGCAGAAAAUGCCAGAGAUGCUCACGGAUCAGGCAGUAGCUGUGGAGAUCAGACAGGUUCAUCUCUGGCAAGCUGCUUGAUAAAUAUGCUUUGCUUACCUCAGUAACACCAGAUCUGGUUGUCUACUUCCACCCAUGGUAUAUUUAUAUGUACACAGGGGCUGUAACAGUUCCCACAUUGCAACAAUGUCUUUGCUUCAAAAACAUGUCCUGUGGUUGUAAAAAGUGCUUUGUAAACAGAACUCUUUCACUGAAUUUUCCAUCUGUUUCAAAGCAUUAAUCUGUGACAUUCCAGUAACUACGAUGAUUUCCUUAUUCCCAUAUGAAGACCUUUCUGGAUAAUUUUUGCAUUUUGCACAUUUUACUGGAGGUGCAAGUUUGCUUCAUGGUUCACAGUUACAGAGAAAGAAUCUAUUGUUGUCACAACAGUAAUAGAAUUAAGUCUGACAGAUGGCUUUCUCUAGACUCGUGGAUCAAUUCUUUAUUGCACCAAAACUGAGCCACAAAAUUCCACUAAAAUAGUAAUCACCUGUUGUGAGAAAUCCACAUGACUGUCACGUGACAGUAACGACACUGACCCCUACUGACCGGAGGACAGCAUUGCUCCUCUGAUCGCAAGUGAUACUACUGUCAAUCAAGGUGCGGCUCCACCCACCCCUCAGGUGUGAGAGUACCUUUUGCCUCUGAACCUGCCUGACCAUUGGCUGUGGCAGGAACCUUUGUCUUUGACUCCCACAACAUUGGCUCGUUUAAAUCACAACAGUGAGGCUCCACCCAGCCUCCUAGCACCAUAAAAAGGGCUGCAUCCACUAGCCCUCCCUCUUUAGAUAACCCCAGGAGUGGUGAGACAACGCUGCAGAGAUCAUUGGUAAGAGUACAUCACCACAUGGUCAGGGAGUGUUAAGGGCCAAUGCUAGUGUGGGACAGGCAUUGAAGUGUUAUAUCCUGAAGUUGUACAUUAUUACUGUGUGCUUGUGUGUAUCAAUGCGUGUGUGUGUAUUUUACCCCAGUUGCGCUUCCCCUCUCGUGUUCGUGGUAUCCUGUGCGUGAGUGAGCGUGUGUCUGUUCCCAUCCAUUCUGUCCCGCAUUUGCCUUUGUGAUUAAACUAGUUUUGGUCUACAAAGCUUGUGUUUGGAGUCCUUGAUCCUUAAGACAGUAAAGAAUGAUUUCACACAAGACCACCUCAGCAUCAAGAGACACAUUUAACUCCUGGCGAACCAUUGCCAACUAAAUAUUGACCAAAUUUCUAUCCAAAAACUGAAGUGUCUGGUGAAGGACCUGUUCUCACAGAGACUCAAAACAAAAUUCUCCCAAGGGUGUUAUUCACUUCCUGCUUUCUCCAGAGCCUUCAGGGUUUCAUCGUUCACAGAGAAAUGUUCAUGAGAGGAUGAUAAGCUUCGAGUUCCUUCCCCUCAAAACAACUUCUGUGUAAAUGGAUGUCAAGGACUGAUUAAAACUCAUGUGAUCCAUGGGCAUGUGACUUAUUUGGUGUUAUCAGGAGGGAGGCACAGGUCAAUCAGUUGUUGUGAGUGUGAUGUUUUGUAUUUAAAGUAAGGUGUGGAGGGGGCAAAUGUUAACUACUUGCUGGAGAACUGCAGACAGAGCUGAUCAGCUGUACUGAUGGAAACUUGCUCCUCGCAGUGAACACUGGGGCAAGUUGUGUUCAGAGAAGUGCACACAAUGAAAUUACAAUUCAGAGUUAAAGCUGUG